AUAUAAAAUAAUACACAUGCGAAUGAAACCGGAUGUAUACAUUCUUUGGGCAUGCGCAUUACUGUAUUGUGACUUUUUUUUUCCGCUUUCCAUUGACGUCAGUUUUCCAUAUACUUGCAGAAAAACGUUACGCGAGCUUUUAAAGUUUAGUAUUUAAUUAUUUUCAAUUUACAAAUAUACCUGGUUUUUGUUGUAUUUGUAAACUUCAUAAGUCUUGUGUGAAAUAAAACGUUUGUAUGGUGAGUUCGAUCUGUUGAAAAUUUCAUCGUAAAACUUGUUCAAAGUUUACGAUACAAGUAUGCAAGUACAAGAAGCAGAAGGAGCUGAUGGUUCACCGUGGAACAAUUCGAGUGGUUGCGAUGAGGAACGUCGGCCAGCUCAAAAGGAGGGUAAAAAAUCGAAUAUAUUACCUCUAUGGGGGAAUGAAAGAACAAUGAAUCUGAAUCCGUUAAUUUUAACAAACAUACAGUCAUCACAUUAUUUCAAAGUGAAUUUAUACGAACUGAAAACGUACCAUGAGGUUAUCGAUGAAAUUUACUACAAAGUGUCUCACUUGGAACCAUGGGAGAAAGGAAGCCGGAAAACAGCGGGCCAAACUGGCAUGUGUGGAGGUCGGUUCAUGCAGGUCCGAGGAGUUGGUGCUGGUGGAAUUGUCUCAACAGCGUAUUGUUUACUAUAUAAACUCUUCACCUUGAGGUUAACAAGGAAACAAUUAAAUGGUCUUAUCAAUCAUCUUGAUUCACCAUAUAUUCGGGCAUUGGGAUUUAUGUACAUUAGAUAUACGCAACCACCAGCAGAUUUAUUUAAUUGGUAUAGUGAUUAUUUAGAAGAUGAAGAUGAGUUGGAUGUGAAAGCUGGUGGAGGACAAGUUAUGAAAAUGGGUGAUAUUCUCAAACAAUUUCUUACUAAACUAGAAUGGUUUUCAACCUUAUUUCCAAGAAUACCAGUGCCUAUACAGAAAGAACUCGAACAUCGAUUAGCAGAAAGAUUUCCUCAACAGUCUAUGAAUGCCAGAAAUGCAAAACCACCUAUUACCUUAAAUAGUCACGGAAAAUAUAGUAAUAGCAGUAGUAGGAAAGAUAACGGCAAUCUCACCUCACGGAAUCAACCGCGACAUAUCCCAGACAGUGAAGCUCAGUGGGGUGAGGCUGAAAGAACAAGCCACUGGCGAGCCAGAUCUGAUGAAGACCGCAAGGAUAAGUACAGGGAUCGAGAUCGUGAACGAGAUCGUAUGAGAGAAAGAGAACGAGAACGUGCACGAGAAAGAGAUCGAGAAAGGGAUCGGCAUUGCAGACGAUCGAACAGCCGUGAUCGAAGUCGAAGACAAAGGGAGUAUAGAAGUCGUAGCAGAGACAGGUCACACAGAGACAGAAGUAAAGAUCGUUAUCGUGAUAAAGAUCGCCAUCGGGAUAGGAGAGGUUCGCCUUAUAAUUAUGCAACAGAACUUGCUCGGGAAAGGGAGAGACAACGAAGGGAAUGAAAAUAUAUGCUGACAUGUAUAUAUCGAUAUAAAUGUUUGUACGAGUGUAACUAUAGAGGUGAAAAUGACUUAGAACCGAGCCAUUCAAACACCUGCGUUUUGAGGGAAAACUGUUUGGAGUAAUAGCCUAAAUUUAAUUCAACUAUAUCCAUGUAGUUUACAUGUUUUUAUAAAAUAAAUUCAAGAUUACAA